GUGGAACUGAGCAUAUCUCGCGUUUUCCGACACGCGUUCUGUGAUUGUAGAGGACAGUAUUAGUGUUCGUCGUGUCGUAGCAGCGCUUAAGCUGACUUUUUGUAUCUCCGCGUCGGUGCUGUUAGUAGCUUUGAUUGAAAAUUCACUGCAAACAUCCUAAAGAGGGACAAUUUUCCUCUCGUGCUGGAAAGAACACUAGUUUUCCUAGGUAACUUCACUUGGAUACUGCAGUCCAACUAGCCACCACUAUUCUUUCAAGUGUCGCGGUGUUCGGUGCGUUAGUUGUCACUCAAAUCGGGAGUUCCACAGGUGUCGUAUUGCAAUUGUUGUGUGCGCUGUGCGUUGAAAGCGAAUUAACGAAAGUGGUCCAAAACGAAAAGGUGAAAAAACCAUCGCCCAAGCGCUUGUUUAGCGAAAAUAAAGCAAACAAACGGUGUUAUUGUGUAUUUUUCGACGCUUGGAUAAACGUGCAACGAAAUUAUACGCCGGUGCGUUCGUUUGUGUGCUUUUGAUAUCGCGACUGGAAAAUUUGCAUUUGAAUUAAAUGUUGGAUUUUGCAGUGUUAUCUGUUACACUUGGAUGGUGCACUUAAUCAGGACUGCCUACUUAACCGAACGGAAGACGCUACACAGCAUUAUCAGUUGACCGUUGCCUUUAUAGCUGUCAUCGUCGUCGAGCUCGUCGUUGGCAUCGUUGUCGUCGAAUUGGUGCUCAUUCAAACGUGUUUCCUCGGUUUCGCGCUCGGUAUUUUCCGAUUCCACAGUCCGUACCCGUCUCGUGUCUUACAGCAGUUCCAGAGAGAGAGGUCACCGUGAGCUGAUUUGAUACACAUGUCGCAGCAUUCAUUACUGUGCAGUUGGUGCAUGCCCAGUAUUGACGUGUUAUCGGUAAUUUCAUUAAGCUGGUAGCCGAUAAAGCCCAUUACGGUACACGGUUGCUUAAAAUAGAAGAAAGAAUCGACGCUGUUUCAAAAUUUGUUAGUGUACUGAAAUAGAUUUGUUGUCUUAAUAGAAGAAAGCGCUUCUUGUUGGGUAAAGAAACGAAGCUAAAAAACAACGAAGCAUUUGUCAACGAAUCCGCAUCAUGAAUCAGAAGAAAAGCAGAGCCAGUGAUUACAACGAAUCUUACAGUGAAUCUAUUCAAGAAGACGUGAAAAAAUCAUUUUGUGAUUACAUCUAGUCCCAGUCUAGUGUUCGUGUGAUUAGCUAACUUUUUUUUAAUCAACGACGAAGUUUCAAGGAAAAAUCUACUUUGGAAACCCUGGUGCUAAUGGAGUGUAGUAAAUUGAUGUAUCAAUAUUAAUAAAAAUUAUAGUAUAUUAACCAGUUGAUAAUAAAUAAUACAAUCAAAAGGCGGUGCUACGCGACUGUGUACAGGAAAGAAGCAAACAAGAGAAGAGAGAAAAAUCGCAGAAGAAGCCUGCAAGCGAGCAAACGGGUGCCCCUAUACAAAGCAGCAGCAGCAGCGGGUUCGGAUAGCCGCUAAUCAAUUUGUACUCGAUAAGUUCUCAAGGCAGCCUGUAUCGGCCGGGGGCGCUUGAGGUCGUACCCGAAACGGGCAGCAGUAACAAUAGUUUGUUCGUUCGUUCGCUGGUAUAGCACUGCAGCUGGUUGGGUCUCUGGGUGCGCGAUAGUGCGAAGUGAAGUGAAACUCGUCCCACUCAUCAGGCAACCAGUACUACAAUAAGUUCUCAAUUAAAUUGAGUGCCUGCUUAUUUGCAGCGAUCCGGGAAGUAGUAGUCGUCGUCGUCGUAGUCGUCAAAACCGGUGGAGUGACUACUUGAACGGCGCGGGCACCCAUAAAAUAUUGGCAAAAACAAGCCGCCGAUUUCAGUGCGUUUUUCACGCUCCUUCAAGUUACACCGUGCCGAGGAGUGGUGAUUUUCAGGAAGUGAUAAAUUUAUUUUUAUGACACCACGGGUUCGAACCAGGCAAAAUAGUGUGGAUGCGCGUGUGUUUUGACGGGCUGUGCUUCGCGUCACGGCGACCGGCGGCCGUUGAGCAGGAGACGCAGACGGUCUUGUGCGGCGCAACCGCACUCGAUACUCAGCAGCUCACGCGUUUGCUGAAGUACGCGAACUUUGCCGCGCCGACGAACGGACUCGGUCUAGCGGUGUUCGGUUCCCAGCGCGCUCCAGCGCUGCAACCGUCGGUUUCGUCAGUCGUUUCUCACGGUUCCGCGGGGAAAGAUCUGCUCGUGCCAUCGAAAGCCGCCACCGCCACCGCGAAAUCUACGACGAUGAACGACGGAAACAACGGUAACAGUGACCCGGCCGCAGCUUCCUUUAGCCAGCAGCAACAACAGCAACCUCCUCCAAUGCCAGCCGCCACCAACCAACAGAAUGAUUCCAUCAACAAUAAUAUCGAAACCGAUGUUAGCAACAUUAAGCAGAUUGUUAUGCUACAGGGAGACUUGCAGCAAAAUCUGUUUAUUAACGAUCCUGUCUGCCUAGCUUUGACACCUCGGGAACAAGAGCUACUGAAAGUGAUACAAGCGCGAGACAUUCGGAUCCAGGAGCUGGAGGAUUGCCUCCAACACAAGCACGAUGAGGUCGCGGAGCUUCGCAGUCAUCUGGACAAGUUUCAAAGUGUAUUCCGCACGAGUCAAGGUGGCACCGCGGUUUCGCACAGUGGCCGGAAGCUCGGCACGCACGGAGUCCAGCGGCAACGUGCGCAGGGUAUUUCGGCCGAACCGCAGCGUGAUAUCUCGGUGCUGGAGCUGAUGCAUGUUGCGUUCCCGAAGUACGACAAGGAAGAAAGAUCACGCGAAAUAAUCAAAUCCGCAAUCCUGGACAAUGACUUCAUGAAGAACCUGGAGAUGACGCAGAUCCGCGAAAUCGUGGACUGCAUGUACCCGGUGCAGUACGGAGCGGGCAGCCUGAUCAUCAAGGAGGGCGAUGUGGGCAGCAUAGUGUAUGUGAUGGAAGAGGGUCGCGUGGAAGUGUCCCGCGAAGGUAAAUACCUGUCGACGCUCUCUGGGGCCAAGGUGCUGGGCGAGCUGGCUAUCCUGUACCACUGCCAGCGAACGGCGACAAUCACCGCGGCUACCGACUGCAAGCUAUGGGCAGUCGAACGGCAAUGCUUCCAGACGAUCAUGAUGCGCACCGGUCUGAUCCGGCAGGCCGAAUAUUCCGAUUUUCUCAAGAGUGUUCCCAUCUUCAAGAAUCUCCCGGAGGAUACCCUGUGCAAGAUAUCGGACGUGCUGGAAGAGUGCUACUACCAGAAGGGCGACUACAUUAUCCGCCAGGGGGCUCGCGGCGAUACUUUCUUCAUUAUCUCGAAGGGUCAGGUGCGCGUCACCAUCCGGCAGCCAGAAACACAGGAGGAAAAAUUCAUCCGCACGCUCGGCAAGGGCGAUUUCUUCGGCGAAAAGGCAUUGCAGGGGGAUGAUCUUCGAACAGCCAAUAUUAUUUGUGACUCUCCGGAAGGUGUCACCUGUUUGGUCAUAGACCGAGAUACGUUCAACCAGUUGAUCUCGAACUUGGACGAAAUCAAGAAUCGCUACAAUGACGAUGCAGUGAUCCAGAAGAAGAAAAUCUAUGAAGAGUUCCGUGAUGUGCGACUUUCGGAUCUGCGGGUACUUGCUACCUUGGGCGUCGGUGGUUUUGGCCGUGUCGAGUUGGUUCAACUCUCCCAGGAUAAAUCACGCUCCUUCGCGUUGAAGCAGAUGAAGAAGGCUCAAAUUGUGGAAACACGUCAACAGCAGCACAUAAUGUCCGAAAAGGAAAUCAUGAGCGAAGCAAACAGCGAUUUCAUUGUAAAACUUUACAAAACCUUCAAGGAUCGCAAAUAUUUGUACAUGUUGAUGGAAAGCUGCCUCGGUGGGGAACUCUGGACGAUUCUGCGUGAUCGUGGACACUUUGACGAUCCCACCACUCGCUUUUACACGGCUUGUGUGGUGGAAGCGUUCGAUUAUCUUCACUCGCGCAACAUCAUCUAUCGGGAUCUGAAGCCGGAGAACCUGCUGCUCGAUGUGUCUGGCUACGUCAAGCUGGUGGACUUUGGGUUCGCUAAAAAGCUGCAGUCAGGACGAAAAACGUGGACUUUCUGUGGAACACCAGAGUAUGUCGCACCGGAGGUGAUUCUCAACCGAGGCCAUGACAUCAGCGCCGAUUACUGGUCGCUGGGAGUACUAAUGUUCGAGUUAUUGACUGGAACGCCACCCUUCACCGGAGCCGAUCCGAUGCGUACCUAUAACAUCAUUCUGAAGGGUAUCGAUGCCAUCGAGUUCCCUCGCAACAUCACCAGGAAUGCCAGCGCCCUAAUCAAGAAGCUAUGCCGAGACAAUCCAACGGAAAGAUUAGGCUACCAACGAGGUGGAAUCAGCGAAAUCCAGAAACACAAAUGGUUCGACGGAUUCUACUGGGAGGGACUAAGGAAUCGUACCUUACCGCCGCCGAUCCUGCCCAAAGUGCUGAGCGUAGUCGACACCACCAACUUUGACGACUAUCCGGCUGACCCGGACGGCCCGCCACCGGAUGACCUCUCCGGUUGGGAUGAAGAGUUCUAGGGUUUUGGGGCUUAGCCGGUGGACGAAGGGCGUUGGAUUUCUUCCCAGGUUUCAUGUUAUUUCAUUUGUUAGGACAGAAAAUGUACGAGGGUUAAUCCCGGCCAGGGGAAAAAAUUGCCACAGUGCGAGGUUUUAAUUGGAAAGGGCAAACCCACUAAUUGUGACUAUGUAGAUUUUAGCAUUCGUUCGUGUGAGUUUACGCGUAUGCAACCGAAAUUACGCUAGUGGCAACAAUGUAUUGUAUCACUAUUAUUGUAGAGCUAUUUUUUCAGAAAAAAAAAACGAAUUAAUAGCUGAGAAAUGAUGAGCAAAUACGCAAACAAUUCUUGAAGCCAUAUUCGUGUCACCUUGCGGAAACAAAAACUUAAAGCGAACAAUAAUAAUCGAUAUAGUUCACUGGGAACGAUUGGAGGUCGAGUGAAAGAGAACGACAGCGAUCAGAAUGUCUUCCUAAUUCUAAUUUUAAUGUGUAAACUUUUAAAAACAAGUAUGUAUCCUUCGAAACCCAAACCGCGGUAUCUGUGCUAUUCUUUUAAUGCUAACAAUGAAAAACAAAAAAAAAACAUAUUCUAGAAUCAUGUGCUUUCGUACCCAAAUCUAGUGAUAACCCAUCAAGAUCUUUUACGUUCCGCAAAUCUGAUUCUUCACCAAUAAUACAUUGAAUAGGCAACUUGUAGUUCGAAUUCAAAUCUCUCUUGCCCUUGUGUAGAAACAUGUUUAUUCUUUUUUUUUUUUGUUAUAGUGUAAUUUGACAUUUGUAAAAAUUGUACAUAAACUAUUUGCUUUUUAUUAGACCCGGAUCGUCAAGAUUCAAAGAAAUUGCGAACCCGCCAGCAAAAUCUAAAUAACUAAUUUUCAACGGCUUGGUUUCGAACCAGACAGGUGAAACAUAUGAAUACAAAUAAAAUACCAACCAA